UAAGAAUUCCGAUUCGUCUUCUGUUACUUGUUCUUGUUAUCUUAAGCUCAUUCAAUUCCGGCGGCAAUUCGUAGACGGUUUCUUAGCGCAUUCUUGUUUGCAGUCGUAACGUGUUUUGAGUGUCUCAAGAUGUCGUUGAACGACUUCUUUGCUAAACAAAAUAAGAAGAAGUCUAAGAAAAAACAAAAUCCAACGGAACUAAUGGAUUUACUCACGAAAGGUGGUGAAGUACUCAAACCCUACCCAGAAUCUAAUGCUCCACAAGAAAACAAGCCUAUUACUUCUGAGAAAGAUGACGAGUGGGAAAUAAUAGACGACGAAAAAGAAAUAGAUCUUCAGAACAUUCGGGUUUACAAUAUGUCCUCUACCAUAACUGACGAUUCUGCUAAAAAUUUGUCGAAAAACAAAGAUUCUCGUGAAGGUGAUGGUGAAUCUGUGGUGGAGAAGAAGGUUUGGGGUGCGAAGCCCAUCGAAACUCCCGAAGAACCCGUAGAAGCAGUUGUACAACCACCACCUAAACCUAGCGUCUACAUUCCUGCUCCGUUGAGAUUGGGAGGCAGUGCUUUCGGUCCUGUAGCUCCAAAGCCAAAUGUAGCCAGUUCAAUGGAUUUUCCUACCUUAGAUGCAUCUGUAAAUGAACCUCAGAAAAAGGAAACUCAACCAAAUAAUGAUAAUGAUGAUAAAAACUCACCUUGGCAACAGGCAGGUGUACGUCGUGCUAACCCAAUAUCUAGUACAUUACCAAUAGCCGUUAGUAACACACCCACAUAUGUUCCACCAAGCUUGAGACAGUCAGGGGCUCCGGGCUUCAAAAGUGUGGGUCCAGGUUAUACAGGAGAUGGCUUCCGGCCUCAUAAUGAUCCACCUUUACGUUCAGAUAUAGAUCCAGGAUUUAAAAGAUUUACUGAAAAUCCAGGACUUCGCGAAGCCGCUUCUUCAGGUGGCGGUUGGGCUAGAGGAAAUAUUAUCAGUGUGAAUCCCACUAACAAUCCUGCCGAACAACUGCCGCUGAAUCCCUCAAAUGCAAGUUUCCACACAGUUUCAGGAAACACAAAUGGAUGGUCUAGGAAUGUAAAUGUGAAGACUUACAAAGAUGUACGUGAGACGCCUGGGCUAGAAAUCGACUUAAAAAACAGAUUCACAGCAUUUAAUGAGACCUGAGACUGACCGUCAAAUGGGCUUUCAUCAGUUUAUCUAUUAAUUUCCAUCUUACGAAAGUAAUGAUUAAUGCUUUAGUAUAUCUGGAAAGUGAUAUUUUGAACAAUUUCGAAGAAGCAAUCGGAGACUAGCUGUUGACUGUACAUUGAUUUUUGAUAAGUUUAUAUUUCUAAUGGAAAGUAUCACGUGCUUAUUUCCCUCCUAUUAUAACAGGUAACCUUAAUGAAUUAUCCUUGAUAGGUGUGGUUGACUUUCACUCAACAACACAUUUCUUAUACAGAACUUAUUUCCAAUGUGUGGUGAAAAUCUUUUGAUCAUCACAAUGUUUUAAAAUUAACAUCUUUUGAUUCUAUCGUUUUAAUGCUCUGAGAUGUGGGACCAAUUAUUUUUCCAAUAAGGUGUUCGUUUAACUUCACUAUUUUUCUUAUAAAGUUCACGAGAUUCGUGCAUGUUAUUCUAAAAGGUACUACUUUUUGUCCUCAUAUGUGCUGAAUUUUUGUAGAACAUCGUUUUCCUUGUUUAGGUUCUGGUCAUUCGCUUGAGAGUCUUCAGUACUUAGUUCUGUUUUAUAUUACGGUUGAUCCAUGACAGUCGUAUGCAGUAUACUCACUCAUUAAGUAGUUACUCAUAAAUGUCAUACCAGUGCACAAGUGUACUGUCAAGUUGCAGAGAAAAACCAUAGUCUAGAUAUUGAAUAAACAUAAUUAAGUUUCUGUACUG